UGAGCUUGAGCUGCAGUUUCAAGCUUUUAUAGCAUACCCCAUUUCCCCAUUUUCCAAACAAGUUCUUUGCUUGCCUUUAAAGUUCUUCAAAACUCUUCCUACGAAAAAACUAUUCACCACCAUCUGCGUUUGUUAGCUUAUUAAUAUCUCUCCCUGUCUCUUUCUCUGUCUGUACAUGUGGAAACCAUGGACAGGCGUCGCCGAAAACAAGCCAAGAUCACCAUUGUUGAGUCUGAAGAGGUUAGCAGUAUUGAGUGGGAGUAUAUAAACAUGAAUCAACAAGAAGAAGAUCUUAUCUACAGAAUGUAUAGGCUUGUGGGAGAGAGGUGGGAUUUGAUAGCUGGGCGGAUUCCAGGUCGAAAAGCAGAAGAAAUAGAGAGAUUUUGGAUAAUGAGACACCGUAAAGUGUUUUGAGAGAAAACAAAAAGAUUGCAUAUUAAAUAGAAUUCUAAGACCAUUUAGCUAGCCAUUAUUUGUAAUAGUACUUCAAACAGGCCAUACAUUCUGUUAAUUGUUUUCUUCUAUUAAUUUAUUGUUGGUUAGUUCCCAAUUCUUCAA